GGAAGAUGUCCUUCAAGCAGCUGAUCGGCGGCUUAGAGGAAGUGGACCGCCAGCAGGGAGACGACGAGCACGUCAAAGCCAAGUGCCCGGCUGAGGACGACUUCUUCUCCGGCGUGACGCUCGACGACCUUGCCGUGGUCUGCACCUUGGGCAUGGGUGGCUUCAGCCGCGUGGAGCUGGUGCAGCUCAAGAGAGACGCCGGGCGCUCCUUCGCCCUCAAAGUGUUGAAGAAGCGCCACAUUCUGGACACCAGGCAGCAGGAGCACAUCCUGUCGGAACGCCGCAUCAUGAUGGAAGUCAACAGCCCCUUCAUCAUCAGGUCACUGUUUAGUCCCUCCGUUCAUGUCCAAAGCAGGCAAAGUACAAGUCCAGCUCGUGGGGUGCCAAGCGCAGGUUUGAGGUGCCCGCGUGCCAGCGGCCUCAAGCCCAUUGUUUCUUUUCCCCUCAUAAGUAGGGGUGUAAAUCGCGGGUUUUGUCACGAUACGAUAUAUCGAUACAAAGAACCACGAUACGAUAUUUGCCGAUAUCUUAAAGCCUGCUGUGAUUCAUUCACGAUACAUCACGGUAUAGUGCUCUACGAUCGAUAUAGAACAAUAUCCUGAUUUAUAACAAUUCAUAUCUUAAAGCCUGCUGUGAUUCAUUCAC